UAGGAAGUUCACUAUCAAACUACCCAUCAAACCUAGCUUCCUAUUUCACAAAAAUAUAGUUCUACUAAAUAUCAAUGGCUAGAGAUACAAGAGGUCUUCACAUAGUAAUGCUUCCAUGGUCCGCCUUUGGCCAUAUGAUCCCAUUCUACCAAUUUGCUAUAGCCCUAGCCAAAAAGGGUGUAAGAGUCUCAUACAUAACAACCCCAAAAAACAUUUCUAGGCUUCCUACCAUCCCUUCUGAAUUAGGACACCUAGUAGAAUAUAUACGCCUUCCAUUACCAAUAGUCCCAAAUGGUGGCCUACCUCAAGGAGGCGAGGCCACUGUCGACUUAGAGUUCGACGAGAUCCAAUACUUAAAACUGUCGUUCGAUCUUUUAAACAAAUCCGUCAAGAACUUUAUACUAAGCCAAUCACCUGAUUGGAUUGUGGCUGAUACUUUAGGACACUGGUUACCUGAAGUUGCUAAGGAAUGUAAUGUAAAACUGAUGUUUUUCUCUGUUUAUACAACAAAUUUUAUGUGUUUUAUGGGCCCACCAGAGUACCUUAAAGAGGAAGGGCAGAAGAAGAUUAGGUCAACACCUGAAAGUCUAACAAUUCCACCUCCAUGGGGUGAAAUUUUCCCACCAUCAUUAGCUUUUCAGGCCCACGAAGCACCCGGGUUUCAUGCUGGUGCAUAUAGUAAGAAUGCAUCAGGGAUAUCAGAUGCUGAAAGGGUGGCUAAAGUUCUAGAAGGUUGUGAUGUAGUCGGUUUUCGAACUUGUAGGGAAUUCGAAGGCGAAUACUUGGAUCUUUAUCAAAGACUAAUUAACAAGCCUGUUGUUCCUGUGGGCCUACUCCCACCAAUUGAAGGAGAAAAUAUGGAUGGAAAAUGGCACAAUGUGUUUAAAUGGCUAGAUGAACAGAGUCCUAGAUCAGUUAUCUAUGUAGGAUUUGGGAGCGAGUAUAAACUAACCAAAACCGAAGUUUAUGAGAUCGCGUAUGGACUUGAGCUCGCUCAAUUGCCAUUCAUAUGGGCUCUGAGAAAACCCACUUGGGCUAUGAGUGAUGCGGAAACUUUGCCAUCCGGGUUUGUGACUAGAACAUCAGAGAAAGGGAUUGUGUGUCUUGGGUGGGUCCCACAAUUGAAGAUUCUAGCACAUCCAGCAAUUGGGAGCUCUAUGUUUCAUUCUGGUUGGGGUUCAAUCAUAGAGACCUUACAACAUGGGCAUAGUCUUAUAUUGUUGCCCUUUAUAAUUGAUCAAGGGAUUAAUGCAAGGUUUAUAGUAGAGAAGGGUUUGGGGAUUGAAGUAGAUAGAAGGGAAGAUGGGUCAUACACUAGAGAUGAUAUAGCUUUUGCAUUGAAGAAAGCUAUGAUUGGUGAUGAGGCUAAUAAGAUUAAGGCUCAAGCUAUGAAGGCUGCUAAAAUCUUUGGUGAUCAGAAGUUGCAUAUGGAAUGUUACAUUAGUGAGUUAAUUGAAUUUCUUAGGGAAAGUGGAGCCAAUACCAAUAAAUGAAGCUACUAAGAAGAAAACUUUUGUUUGAUGGUACAAAUGUUUGAUUCCUUGGUCUUAUGGUUUGGGGUUCACAAGAUGUAGCUUGGUGAAGCCAAUCUUUAGUUAUUGUUUGUUAUUGUUAUUUUGCAAAUUAGAGCUAAAGAUAAUGUUACUUCCGUUUCAAAGUUAUGUUUCCGUUUGAUUAAAAUAAUAAGGACGGAUUAAAGUUGUUUCCAUUUGAGUAAAAUAAUAAGGGAGAUAUGUAAGUGGGAUAGAGGAAUACUCAACUGUUCUCGUUUGUUCUUUUUAUUUACUUUUUUGCAAAAUA